UCUGCGUGGACUUCGUCAGAAGAGUAUCCUGGUGUUGGCAGGAGGACAGGCUCGGACUGCUUUCUCCUGGGAAUGUGGUACCUGGCCUAACCAUGGUGUUCACCCAGCUGAACCUGGAGUUCCGCUUUCAGGGCAAGAAGCUGCGAGGCUUCAGCUGUGAGCUCACCCGGUUCCCCCAUGGCGUCCUCCCUGAGUCUUUCUUGACCGUCACGUGCCAGAUCAUGGUGCCUUUCUUGCUGUCUGGCUUUGGCAUGAUGAUGGCUGGUCUGGUAAUGAACACCGUCCAACACUGGCCUGUGUUUAUGGAAGUCAAAGACCUUUUGACUUUGGUGCCACCCCUGGUGGGCCUGAAGGGGAAUCUGGAGAUGACGCUGGCAUCCAGGCUGUCCACAGCUGCCAACACUGGACAAAUUGAUGAUCCCAAGGAGAAACACAGAGUCAUCAGCAGCAACCUUGCCCUCAUUCAGGUGCAAGCCACUGUUGUGGGACUCCUGGCUGCUGUGGCCGUUCUGCUGUUGGGUGCUGUGUCCAGGGAGGAGUUAGACUUGGCCAAAGUGGGGUUGAUGUGUGCCAGCAGCAUCCUUACUGCCUUCCUCGUGGCCUUUGCCCUGGGAGUACUAAUGGUCUGUAUAGUGACUGGUGCUCGAAAGCUCAGGGUCAACCCAGACAAUGUCGCAACACCCAUUGCAGCCAGCCUGGGAGACCUCAUCACACUGUCCAUUCUGGCUCUGGUUAGUGAUUUCUUCUAUGGACACAAAGACAGCUGGUUUCUGAUGCCACUGGUCUGCAUUGGCUUCGUGGCUCUGAUCCCCCUGUGGGUCCUCAUCGCCAAGCAGAACCCACCUAUCAUGAAGAUCCUGAAGUUUGGCUGGGUUCCCAUCAUCCUGGCAAUGGUCAUCAGCAGUUUUGGAGGGCUCAUUUUGAGCAAAACCAUUUCUAAGCAGCAGUUCAAAGGCAUGGCCAUAUUCACUCCCAUCAUAUGUGGUGUUGGUGGCAAUCUGGUGGCCAUUCAAGCCAGCCGAAUCUCUACCUACCUACAUAUUUGGAGCACACCCGGGGUCCUACCCCUUUGGAUGAAAAACUUUUGGCCCAACCCAUGUUCCAUUUUCUGUAUGCCAGAGAUCAAUUCCAUGUCAGCUCGAGUCCUGCUCGUUCUGGUGGUCCCAGGCCAUCUGAUUUUCUUCUAUGUAAUCCACCUGGUGGAAGGUCAGUCAGUCACAAGCAGCAAGACCUUUAUGGUACUCUACCUGUUAGCUGGCCUGAUACAGGUGACAAUUCUCCUGUACCUGGCAGAAGUGAUGGUUCGGCUGACUUGGCACCAGGCCCUGGAUCCUGACAACCACUGUAUCCCCUAUCUCACAGGGCUGGGGGACCUGCUGGGGACUGGCCUCCUGGCACUCUGCUUCCUUAUGGACUGGUAGCUGAGGGGCAUAUUAGAGCUGGAUGGCAUCCCAUUUCUUGCAUCUGGACUCUCCCUAAGUGGGCUCAGCUGGCCCCAGUGGCUCAGUUGAAUUUUCUCUUAUACCAACCUGAUGCAGAAUGCAGUUUCUCCCUUGCUGGGUGGGUCCUUGGCAUGGCUGAGCCCUGGCCUCCGCAGUAGCCUUUUGUCAUUGUGCUAAGGAGACACACACACACACACCUCAGCUCUGGAGUUGGUACCUAUGUGCGUGACUGAGCCCUAAAGUCAUUAAUGUGGUUGUGAGUUUGUCAGUGUGAGUGUGUAUCCAUGUACUCUGUGUGUGUGUGUGUUUGUGUGUGUGUGUGUAUGAAGAGUGGAGUGUUCCCGCUUGAGCAGCCAAGGGCAUGUGCAGUGUGCUUUGCAAGGCGUCCACCCCUUUCCAAGAUUUGCAGCCCAGAUUAGGUUGGAGUAGAAAGGAGCUCCUUUCUGUCCUCAAGCCUCAAGACUCUCAAGCUGUGGCUUAACUGCUGUCUUCAUCAGGUUCAAGGUCCCGAGGCACCUGUAUUCCUAGGCCCUGCGAAUGUGUGCAGCCUCCCUGGGGAGGGGCCUUGCCUCCUGACACUUCAUCUUCUUCCAUAUUUAAUCUUGUCACUGCUUUCUUUUUGUUUUCCUUUUUUCUUUUUCAUUAGCAGAAACCUCUGUUUAUAUUUAGUUGA